AUCUGUUCACAUAAUAAAGUGGAAGAAUCGGGUACGUCAGUGAGACCUUGGGACUGUUUUUUAACGCACUCCCUGAAUUGAGUUGAACCGAGGAAAGAAAGAAGAAAAAAUAAUGGUGGAUUUCAUGAAUAAUAGUAAGGCAGCAGAGGAUAUGAGGAAUGAUGGAAUUGCUGCUGCCAAUUUUUAUUCUUUAAAUUGUAUCGACCUUUCCAGCCCUGACAUCCACACUUCUGUUUCUCUCCUCAAACAGGCUUGCUUAGAUUCAGGAUUUUUCUGUGUUAUUAAUCAUGGUAUUAGCCAGGAGUUUAUGGAUGAAGUUUUAGCUCAAAGCAAAAAGUUCUUUGACCUUCCUUUGGAAGAGAAGAUGAAGCUUCUUAGAAAUGAGAAACAUCGGGGCUACACUCCUUGUCUAGACGAACAUUUGGAUGCUGUCAAUCAAAUAAAUGGUGACUAUAAGGAGGGAUAUUACAUUGGUGUAGAAGUACCUGAAGAUGAUCCUGAAUCCCAGAAACCAUUUUAUGGGUCAAAUGUGUGGCCUGCUGCAGGAACCUUGCCUGGAUGGAGGGAAACUAUGCAGAAGUAUCAUCAAGAGGCACUUGAGGUGGUAAAAGGAGUAUCAAGGCUCAUAGCCCUUGCACUGGACCUUGAUGUUGACUUUUUCGAUCAGCCUGAGUUGCUUGGCAGACCAAUUGCUACUUUGCGCCUGCUGCAUUAUGAAGGAAAACUUUCUGAUCCAUCAAAUGGAAUUUUUGGAGCCGGUGCACAUUCUGACUAUGGUCUGAUAACCCUUUUGGCCACAGAUAAUGUCUGUGGCCUUCAGAUAUCUAAGGAUAAGGAUGCAAAUCCUCAGAUUUGGGAGUAUGUGCCACCGUUGAAAGGUGCUUUUAUAGUGAAUCUUGGUGAUAUGCUUGAGCGCUGGAGCAAUGGUAUUUUCAGGUCAACACUGCAUCGGGUCCUUGGAAAUGGUCAAGAGAGAUUUUCUAUUGCAUAUUUUGUCGAACCCAGUCACGAUUGUCUUGUGGAAUGCUUGCCAACCUGCCAAUCAAAAGUAAACCCACCAAGGCAAGUAUCCUCCAAUCAAAUGUGACACCUACUUGCUACAGCGUUACAAAGACACUCAUGCUGAUCGGAAUUCUUACAAAUGAGAUUUCUUUGUAACUUGUAAAGGACAAUGGCACGGCAACUUUUCUUGCACAGAUUACAAGGGUCGAGGCUAUGAAUCAAGUUCAACUGGCUUGUAGAACACCAUCAAUUAAGUUGUAUCUGACGUUACUCGAGGAUGUCUGUGAUAGAAUUGUAUAAUGGUUUAUAAUUCGCAUGAUAGAGUUUUAGUGCCAGUGCAUGUAUGAUAUCAAAACUUUCUUCGAAGUGGUGAAAGAUUUUGCUUAUUCA